ACCAAGGAAAGGAACAGCAUGUGCCUCAUCCCUGGAGUAUCUGAGCCCCUUGCAAUGUCUAACCGAUUUCUCCUCCCAGCCUUUCUAGAGCAGGCCUGUUAUCCCAAUUGUACAGAUGGGCCACUGAGGCACACGCAGACUAAAGGCCAGAUUUUCAAAGGGAUUUAGGCACCUAGUGAGAUUUUAGAAAGCACCUAGAAGGUUCAGUGCUUUGUAAAUCCCACUAGAUUCCUAGCUGCAUCUUUGGUUGCCUAAAAACCUUUGAAUCUCUGUCCCUGAGGCACUGGCCUGGAGUCGGACAGGAAGGCCGUGGGGGACUCUGAGGACAUCCGCCUCUGCUGCAAAACGAGGCGUCUGAUAGAUGGGAGUAAAACCAAGGCAGCACUUCUCAGAGACUCCAGCAAUCGGUCCCGGGCGGUGGGGAGGGACGACAACAUGAAGAGCAGCACAGAGGUCACCUCUAAUAUUUAGUUAAUUUUCUUGUUUUAUACAGGAAUUAGGUACAGUGCUCCUAGCAGCUCAUUUCUAAACUAUCUGCCAAAAAAACCUGAUGGUUUUUAAGGUAUCCCAGGUGCCUAAGUAGCCCCUGGAAUCACAGAUAAUGUGGCCCCCUCUGCCCUGCCCAGUUCUGAAAUGGUGCCCCUGGUAGCUGUAGAUAAGGUGGAUGGUGGGUGCUUUCCUCUCCCCAUCCCAACUUGGGGCCAUGGGGGUUGGGCCCCAUGUAAGGAGCUGUCGGGGGACCUUGUGUGGAGAUGUUUGUUCCUUCUCUCUUCCAAGUUGGGUUCAUCAUCUCCAGGAUGUGUUGGAGCCAAGCAGCAGUGUUUCCUAGAUGCGAGGGGUCAGUGCUGAUGUUCCUUGCAGGAAGGAGACAUACCUUCCUAGCAGUGGAGUUUUACUUUCAAUUUCCCCAGUCAUGUGAUUUCUCCGACCUUGGAUGCAGCAUUAACCUUUUGAGUUUGACUUAUUGCCCCCCAGCCCUUUCUAGCCAGUGUUCAGCUCACGCAGCGUCUUCUCGCUACACUUCAGCAACUGCCUUCCUAGGAAGCAAAGCCGAGCUGCAGUAGCUGCUUCAUCCCAGACGCAGGGAACCGGAACAUCUGAAAGCUGCAAGAAGGUGAUGAUUUUAGCAUCUAAAAUGUCAAGCUACGUCAUUGAAGUUGCCAACAACAGUAAGGGAUGUGUCACCGUUGUUGUUAGUACCAAUCCGGUAUUACGAUUGUUGGGUGAUUCUCUGACUGUGACCUUCCCCGCCUACGAGCUCCUCAAGUCAUUCUUCACUAAAGACAAGCAGAGUGUUUCACCAGGGGAAACCUCAGUUGUAAACAAAGUUAGUAUCUGGAAAAUGUUCACCUAUGGAGUUGGGUUGACAGGAGCAGAAUGGUACUGCAUGACAGUGACCAGAGAGGAUGAUGAGUGGGUGGCUGUGUGUCAAACUCCUCUGCGUUGCACCUGGAUUGUGGAGGAUGAGAAAAUCUACCGCCAAGAUAAACUGUCAAUAUGCAAACCAUUUAGUUUUGUACCUGAAAAAUCCUGCUACAUCAUUAAAGUUACUAACAAAACCAAGGAAGUCAUCAGUGUUGUGCUUCAUGAAGGUCUGCUAGCCCAAGUGCUGAGCAAUGGACUACGAAGAAUUUCAAGCCAUGUGAGAGACCGUUACUUCAAGUCAGGGGUUACAGUUUGUCCAGGAAAAACAAAAACUAUUCAUAAAGUGAACCCCAGAAAUUUAUCCUUCUACAAAUCCAUCGCUAAUGUAGCAGGCAUGGUAAAUAUGUCAACCUAUUCUAUAAAGGUGAUCAGGGAAAGGGAUAAACAGAUCGCUCAGUGUAACACCCCUUUGCAUUGCACCUGGAUCGUGGAGAGCCAUGGAAUGUGGCAAGAAAAUAAACCUACAGAAGUUUACAAAUUUCAAUUAACAUGCUUUUCUCCUGCUGCUUGCUUAUAAAAAUAUGGAGAAGAUGACCCCAAUGAAUACGCCUUAUAAAUCCAUGGGGCUUCACCAGUAUUUGCUUUGGGAGCCAACACAACAGUUGUGUGCGUCCUGGUGACUGACUAUGUGAACUAAUCAUUUGCAACAAAUAAUUUAUCUGAUAAUUUUUUUCAAUUUUGAAUAAAUCACUUGCAAAUAAUUUCUUAGUAUUUAGCCAGUUCCA